UCCCGCCGCGCGCACGCGCCCCACGCCCGCCGCCCGCCUCAGCCGCUGCCGCCCGCUCCGCCCUCACCGCUCCCGCCGCUUCCGUUCCUCUUUCCUCCCGCGGCUGCUCCCCGGUCCUUCCCCGUUUGGGGUGUCCCCCCGCAGUUUGGGGUGCCAUGGGGCGCUCCUCCAAGGACAAACGGGACAUUUAUUACCGGCUGGCCAAGGAGGGCGGCUGGAGAGCCCGCAGUGCCUUCAAACUGCUGCAGCUGGAGCAGCGCUUCCAGCUCCUGAGGGGGGUCCAGCGGGCUGUGGAUCUUUGUGCUGCCCCCGGGAGCUGGAGCCAGGUGCUGAGUCGGCACCUCAGGGGCUCCGAGGGCUCCCCAGCCCAGGUGGUGGCCGUGGAUCUCCAGGCCAUGGCGCCGCUCCCGGGGGUGCUGCAGAUCCAGGGGGACAUCACCAAGGCCUCCACGGCUCAGGAGAUCCGGCGCCACUUCGAGGGGCACCCGGCUGACCUGGUGGUCUGUGAUGGGGCCCCUGACGUAACGGGGCUGCACGACCUUGACGAGUACAUCCAGGCCCAGCUGCUGCUGGCAGCACUGAACAUCACCACCCACGUCCUGAAGAAAGGCGGCACCUUCGUGGCCAAGAUUUUCCGGGGCAAGGACGUGACCCUGCUCUACUCCCAACUGCGCCUCUUCUUCCCCGACGUCACCUGCGCCAAGCCCCGCAGCAGCCGCAACUCCAGCAUCGAGGCCUUCGUGGUGUGCCGUGGGUACAGCCCCCCCGAGGGCUUCGUGCCCAGCAUGGAGAAUCCCCUGCUGGAGCCCGAGGCGGGGCUGGCCCUGUCCGGUCUCUCGGGCCCCUCCAGGGUCAUCGUUCCCUUCGUGGCCUGCGGGGACCUGAGCGCCUUCGACCCCGACCGCACCUACCCCCUGCAGCUGGAGCCCUCCCGGCCGUACCAUUACACGCCCCCCCCCGCCCCCCCCAUCGCGCCCCCCUACGCCCGGGCCUGCAGCCUGCGCCGGGGGGGGAACCCGGGAACGGGGACGGGGACACCCCCGGGGGGACACCGAGAGCACCGGGACCAGAGGGGCGGGCAAGGAACCACAAGGGAGAUGGGUGUGCAAGGAACCAUGAGUGAGAUGGGUGUGCAAGGAGCCACGAGUGAGAUGGGUGUGCAAGGAGCCACGAGGGAGAUGGGUGUGCAAGGAACCAUGAGUGAGAUGGGUGUGCAAGGAGCCACGAGUGAGAUGGGUGUGCAAGGAGCCACGAGAGAGAUGGGUGUGCAAGGAGCCACGAGUGAGAUAGGUGUGCAAGGAACCCUGAGUGAGAUGGGUGUGCAAGGAGCCCUGAGAGAGAUGGGUGUGCAAGGAGCCAUGAGAGAGAUGGGUGUGCAAGGAGCCCUGAGGGAGAUGGGUGUGCAAGGAACCCUGAGUGAGAUGGGUGUGCAAGGAGCCAUGAGGGAGAUGGGUGUGCAAGGAGCCCUGAGUGAGAUGGGUGUGCAAGGAACCCUGAGGGAGACGGGCGGGCAAGGAACCAUGAGAGAGACGGGUGUGCAAGGAACCCUGAGUGAGAUGGGUGUGCAAGGAGCCCUGAGUGAGGGGGACAGAGCCUGGUGUGAGAUGGGUGUGCAAGGAGCCCCCCAGGAAGAGACAAGCGUGCAAGGACCCACAUAUGAGGGGGAGGGACCCUCGUGUGAGAGGGGCGUGCAAGGAUCCGUGUGUGGGAUGGGUGUGCAAGGAGCCCCUCAGGAGGGGAUGGGUGUGCAAGGAGCCCCGUGCAAGGGGGAAGGAGCCCCGUGUGAGGAACUGCGCCAGCUCCGUCUUUUGGACUGAAACGUGGGUGUGCAAGGGCUCCC